AUGGCUGUGGUGCAGAAAGGCGAACAAUUCCAGCCGCUGUUCCUGCGAGACAUCGUGACGCUCACCAACAGCUCCACCCUCAACCUGCGUGAGCAGCUGGAGUUGGAAGAAGGUGGACUUACCUUCACUGUGUCGCCCUGCAAUUUCCAGCUGAGGAGGAAGGCUCACGUCCUGAUUGACGAGGUGUAUGUCACCUUGGUGGGAGCAAGUCCUCAGGAUAGAACGUUUGUGACGUUGGAGGUGGGGCACGGCGGGCAGGUGGUGAUGUAUGAUGCUCAGCUGAAGCCGUAUUACUACACGCUCACUAGGCGGCUGGCUGGCCAGACAUACUACCUUCCCCUUCCCCCUUCGGGGCGCAUCGACUGGAACACCAAUACCGACGUGCUCACCCAGAGGGCCAACCUGGUGAGUCCAUGGAACAGCCCGCCACCUAACUGUGGCGAUAUAGACCUUACCCCCAUGAGCCAGUACUUCAUCGCGCUGUCGCCCUUUGCCACCUGGAGCAUCCGCAUGGAUCAAGAGCUCAGCGGAGCCAUUAACCUCCAAAACCUGACUGCGGUCCAUCCUCUCCCGCCACCGGUGCUGCCCAGGCUGGUCAUCCCUGCCAAUGCCAACAAGACCAUUGACUGCGGGCCAGGAAAUGUGGUGGGCCAGGUCAUCAAGGCCACAUAUGGGCAGAGCCAAGGUUUCUGUGCAACCAUGGAUGUGGACAGCUACAUCCGGGCCGUCUGCCAAGGCCGGCAAGCCUGCGUGCUGGCGCCCUCCAACGAGCUGCUCAACCCCCCUGCCGGCCCGGCCUGGUGUCCCUCCAACCGCACAUUGGUGGUCGAGUACAGGUGCUGCCCCCGCUACGCCUAUGAAGCCGGCAACUGCGAGCCUACCCCACUCAAGAACCUGGCACUAGGAAGGGGGUAUGCGUAUGGCUCCUCCAGGCUAGACCCCUCCGUCGUGCCUGGGCUGGGCGUCGAUGGCAAGCGCAGCACCUCUUGGGAUGGUAACAACUUGCAGUGCACACACACCGGGGACAGAGGGGUUGGCCAACCCGGCACACUCAGGCCGUGGUGGUUUGUGGACCUGGACCAGCCAUUCGACGUCGUGGCAGUCACCAUCUACACGCGCUGCGACUGCUGCUCCUCUCGCCUGCGCGACUUUGAGAUACAUGUGACCAAUGUGAAGCCGUGGGACGGCGACGGCGACACCAGCGUGGCAGCGGGCGCUCUCACCGGCGCCACGCUGUGCACCUACAAAGCCGGCAUCCAUGACGGGUGUGCCGGUGGCGGUUUUGAGACUUAUAUGUGCCAGGGCGGGCCCAAGUACGGGCGCUACGUCACAGUGCAGAUUGUGAACGACGAGCCAACCUCGGUUCUAGCUAUGUGUGAGGUGGAGGUCUGGGGCCAAGAGUGCGAGAGGCCAGGCGGCUCGUGCCAUGUCUCUGGGCUCUUCGAGCUGGCCAGGGAGGAGCGCCCUUGGUGA